GGGCUUUUUGCUCAACCACAGUUUUGGACUGCACAUCAUCGUUCCCUACCAAGUGUUCGCCUCUCUGCAGGUCCUUGUAUCAAGUACAACUUGCUGGACCCGUACACCUCAUCAGCCAGGACAUAUGUUUAUUCCGCCUAUUUAAGACGAAUCUCAAGCAGAAUUAGCAUCAUUUCGGAACAAGCCAUCCUCGCCGGCUCAUGGUCGAACCAGAUCCUUCCUACCACAGCUGAACCUCUCACACGCAGACCCAAACCAAUCCAAAAACAACAGCGCCUCACCUAACCAUGCCCUUAAUAACCCAAAUUCAAGCUGUAACCCUCGACCGCCUCAUCUACCAUUCCCACAUAUCCUUCGAGUCCGCAGAAUCUCGCAUCCGAUCCUCCAUCCAGAACGGACCAAAAGAGGACAAACCCUUGCAGCAAACCUCAUCAACUCCAAAUCCAGCCACUCGUCCUACAGACAAAUCCUUCUUCGAAGCCUCCAUCACACCCAAACUCGGUCCGCAUGGCUUCAUGUACUUCACGGAAUUCAAUCACGGCAACUGGCUUCGGUUUUACACCCCUCCCACCUCGGCCAUCAAAGACCCCGACACCGGCGCGACCAAGAACCUCCGCGCCAUAAAGUACGUCUUGGGAAACCCAUUGGUUGCAAUAACCAUGCUCCGACACGAUCUUGACGCUGGCCUCUCGGUGCCGGUAGAAUUGUAUCUCGUGGAAGAGCCCGAGGGUGGCGUCAAGGUCAUAUGGUUUCGUCCCAGUGGUCUUGUGGCUGGGUAUGAGGGCGCAAAGAGCGAGCUGGUGGACGCGGCGAGGGUUCUUGACGUCAAGCUUGAGAGAUUCGUGAGGUAUGUUCUGGCCGAGGAGGGUGAAGGGACUGGUAGUGGGAAAUUGUAGAUGUAGAUAGUUAGUUCUUGUCAUGGUCUCGGAAUUGUUGCGAAUACUGGUUACGAUAUCCAUAUGAUCAUUUCGAGAGCCUCCAUCUUUGUCGUAGGUGAGUCACGACAGGCAGGGCAUGGAAAAUCGUGUAUCUGUUGAGCAGGCGUUGUGUAGACAGAUU